GGUCUUUGGAUGCGCGUUUAGCUAACUGUUUGUGUUGUGUUGACAACUCAUGGGUGUGAAUUUGGUGUUUUGUGAGGUAGCCUAAUUGACUAAAAUGCGUUUUAUCUGAACGACAUUCGAUGACUAUUAAGAAAAGUUCAACAAGAUCUGCGUGGAAGAAGAAUCUGUAUGAAAACAAAGGCUAUCCAGACAAUUACACAGAUGCAUCGUUUCUGGAAGAAUUGAAGAAAAAUGUACAUUCUCGAGGUGUGUCGUAUGGAGAGGCGAUCAGAGGGGGUGGACUACUUGCACGCCAGUUAUGCAUCGUUGUAUGGUUUGCUUUAAUAUUCGUGUACGUCAACAACGAAUGGAUUACACCGGAGAAAGUAUUCGUGUGCAGCAGCAUACUGACAGGAAUAGGUUACCUGCUGUUCAGAGCAGUACAUACGAGUGUAAAUUAUAGCACAGUGUUUUGGGGAGAUUUGCACACAGUUCUAAUAUUUCUUUCCUUUGGCUAUGUGCUGUCCCCUAUUCUGAAAACACUUACCGAGACAAUUAGUACAGACACGAUAUAUGCGAUGACCACGAUAAUGAGUUGUGUUCACUUGAUAUUUUUCGAUUAUGGUGUGCCUGCAGCAGUUGUAUCUAGCGCCUUGUCUCUGAAUGCUGCCAUAUUUGGUUCAAUAUGCUUAGCGUCACGACUGCCUUCACCAUUCCAUGCCUUUGUGCUGUUAACAGUUGCAGUUGAACUAUAUGCACUCCUUCCAAUGUUAUUGUCAAAUGUGAGAGGAUCUCUGAUCACUAUAGGUAGCAUGGUCAUUGUAACUGUUUAUUUUUUAUUUACUGUGUCAUCAAUUUUGACUUUCCUGUUUAUCUGUUCUGUGAUAUUUAUCACAGCAGUGUGUCCAUUAUGUUUUGUGAAAUGGCAGUGCCACAAGGAUAACAUAUAUGGUCCAUGGGAUGAAGCUGUUGUAAGCGAGAUUGACAUGUGAGGACUAGAUGUUUAUUUUUAGAAACUGGGUGCAUCUAAAGCCAAUCAGUUAUAUGCAAAUAAAUUGUUUGUAUUGGUUUGCUUUCCACUGUUUCAUUUGACUUUAAUAUUUUGAAUUUUUUUUAUAGUGAUAUGAGGUCUAGC